AUGGAUCCCUUCAACAACUCAGAUGCGCUUGAAGACGGUCGUGGCAACUCGUCAAUUGACCUCGUGAUGCCGUCUCUCCUCAGCAGCCUGCCGUGCAUCUUCGCGGGCUUUGCAUCGACGUUCACGUGCGACCGUCGGUUUUGCCCGACCGAGUGCUGCAUCGUCGACGAUGCAUGCCGGCUCCUGCAGACGUACUCGUCGCCGCCGACAGUCGUAAACGAUCCGAUCGAGCUUCUGCACUCGCUGCCGCGCGUCGCCAGCGUGACCUUUCAGGGCAACGGUCUGCGCCAGAUCGGCUUGCCCACCGACGCGACGGCGAUGACGUCGAGCCCAACACCGUCCAUGUGGGUGCGUGCGAACCCGCAUGUGAACGGCACCGUGCUGCUGCCCGCGGCCAUGACCCACGUGUACUACGUCCCUCUCACCACUUGGGUUCUCAGUCGCAACAGGUCGUUUGCCGACUUGGUGGACAACCCGCUCCGGUCGUUUGCGUGGCCCGAGGCGCUGCGCUCUCUGUAA